CGAGUCUCUCCAUGAAAAUCAGUGCCCUGUAUAUUCAUGUCAUGCCAGAAGUUGAUCCCUCAACCUUACAGCCAUUCACACUGUCCAAAGUUUCAUCCUUAGUGCUGUCCAGUCUCCAGGACGGCUCGGUAUCAUGGGCAGUUCGGGUCAUGGAAGCACUCCACCUUAAAACCUGCUGCAGGUACCUAUUUCUGCCACAGGUGAAUCUGAGUGAGGCUGGAUACGUGGAGCUGUUAAGAUCUAUCCAAGUGAAGUGGCAUAUUGUGGCCCCAGCCUGCUGGCCCCAACGCAUAAGAUCAGCCAACCUGCAGAAUAUUACGUUAGAGAGAUUGAAGUGUGACUUAAUCCUGUACGUUCUUAGCUUGUCUUUGUGGAGUGUAUUGUAUUUUUUUUUUUUUUUUUUAAUCAACUUUUAUGAAUAAGAAUUUUAUAUUUUCAUGUCCUCCACUUUAUCUCUUUUUAAAUGUUUCCAAGUAACAUCUUGAUUUCAUUACUCUUUCAGUUGUA